AUGCCGGUAUAUACCGUCUCUCUGUCUCAAACCUCAAUCCCGCCCGCGCCGCUCAAAGUCUCAACUCUCAACUCUCAAACCCUCACGAGGUCACCGUCUUGCUCCGCCGAUUCAGCCGGCCCAACCUCUGCUCCGCAGCGCCACCACGAGGUCGCUGUCUUGCUCGCCAUUUCAGCCGGUGUCCACAAGCUCGCCGCUCAGUUCCACCAUAAGCUCGUCGCUCACCUCAAAGCUGCUUCAUCAGGUUGGAUCCAUUUUCAGUCCUGUCUACAAGUGAUGUCUUUUGACAAACUCACCAACGAGGUUGCAAGAAAUGAAGAUGAUGUUGCUCUUGAUUUUAUAAUUUGUUAGAAUGAUGUAUGAACAAGAUUUGAUUGUGAUGAGUUUGAUUAUUUUGGACUU